AUGGUGCACUUCACAGCCGUUAUCCUAGGGCACCCGCUCCAAGCCCUCAAGUUCUGCUACUCUUUCUUCGCUCAGUGCUUCAUUGAUAUAACAGAGCGAGUUCUGCUUCCUCAUUACCCAACUUACCAGUCCCUCCGCACAAGACUAGCCCGGGCAUACCUCGGAGCAGCUGCCAUUCAUCUCCCAGACAUCGUUCACCGUCUGCCUGUAUCAAACUGCCCGGCUUCCCGAGCACGGCCAGUAGAAGGCGCGAACUGGAAAGGUUACAUCAUCCCUGGAUCAUGCACUUUACUUGACAACGACGAUGAAUACAAAUACAUUAUUAUCCUAUACGCUCACGGCGGGGGCUAUGUUCGGGGAGAGGCAAGACAGUAUCUUAACUACAUGGAACGGUGGAUCAACGCAGCGGCCGGAAAAGGUAUCAAGCUGAUCUUUUUAAGCGUGGAGUAUCCCUUGAGUACAGAGGCAGCUCAUCCAGCCCAGCGGACUUCCUUCCUCGACGGCUACCAGUAUCUUCUAGACGAAGGAGUCCCCGCGAAUAAGAUCAUCUUCAUGGGAGAUUCAGCUGGAGCUGCAUUGAGCAUCCUAUCAGCACUAGAGCUACCCAAAUUGGGCCUUCCCCAGCCAGCUGGCAGCGUUCUCAUUUCCCCAUGGCUUGAUACAACUUUAUCUCUGUAUAAUUCGGGCGGGAGCCCUAUGGUCGAAACAGACUACAUCAACACCGCUAAUAGGUCUGUUCCCGAGAUGUUUCGCCUUUUUCUUGGGGGGAUUGACGGCGCCGAUCCAGAUGUAAAUCCAUUGCAUCGACCAAUCGAAGAAAUUCAGUCCCUCAACCCCCAGCUCAUCCUAACAGGCGGAGCGGAAAUGGCUAUGCUUGAUGGUCGGCAUUGGGCAGAACUCUGUGCCAGGGCAGGGGUUCGGCAUAAGCUGGUUUUGGAAUGGGGUCAGUUGCAUAUCUACGCAUUGGGGUCUGCGUGGCUAAGUCAAGAAGUCCGCGAGAAGACAGACAAACAAAUAAUGCAGUGGAUAGAUGAAUGUACCUCUUGA